AUGUAUAGUUUUUCAGUAGACAUCUCUUAUUCUAUUUUAACUUGUAUAUCAGAAACCUCGUUGGAUGUACACAUACCUUCAUAUCCUGGGUCACCUCGAUCUAUUGACUUUAACUCAAGUAGUUCAAUAGAAUCCAUAACCGUGCGUAACCCACAAUUAAGAGACGCUAUUGAGUUUCUGCAUCAGGACAAGGAAUUUCUUAUAGCUGCUGAAACGGGAAAUGAUAAGCUCCUCGCAAAGUAUAUAAAACAGGGAACUGACAUACAUCAAUUCGAUCACAUCGGAAGAAGUGCUUUACACUUGGCAGUCUGCUCUGAUAACACGAAUGCUGUCAAAUUGCUGCUGGAAGCUGGUCUUAAUCCAAAUAUUAAAGAUAAUUUAGGGAUGACUCCACUUUCGCUAUCUUUGAUGAGGAGGCCAUCCACUGUUGUAGCUAAUCUUCUUUUCGACCACGGAGCAGUGUUGAUGCCACGAACAGACCCGAUGGACACCGGCUUAUUUAUUCAAUUUGUAAUGAUGUGCACACCCACAUCUGAAGAAGAGAAUAUUCUACGACUACUUGUAGAUAAAGGUGCUGAUAAUGAUACUGACGCUCCGGGACAGCGACAAGCCCUCCAUUUUGCGGCUAUGAGCAAUAACGUGAACUUAAUCCGCAUUUUAGUGGGCCUGGGUGCGGAUUUGUAUUUGAAAAAUCAUAGAGGAGAAACGCCAAAAGACGUAGCCGAAAUAUUUCAUUGUAGGGAAGCAUUUGACUUACUGAACUAUCUUGAAGAAAUUGAAGAAGUAGCAAUAACCGCUAAUUCGAAUACUUUACUCUUUGAAAUCCCUGAAAAAUAAGUCUAUCCAUCUCGUUUGUUUCAAUAAAACAAUAUAAGGAUAGUGAAAACCAUUAUUUCUGGUAUCUAGGAAAAUAUUUUGAACUCCCUGGAAUAACAAAAACUAAUUAACUGUACCUAAUGUAUGAAGUAGAAAACUUUAAAUUUGAACGACUGAGUAGAUAUACUAUUAGCGGUAAAUUUUAGCAGACAUUUUUAAAAUUACAUUAACCACCCGUUACUCAAUUACCAUCGCUGCUGAAACUAGCCUUUGGAUUUCCGAAGAAAUUUAAAAGGCAU